GAUGUAGCAAGCGAAAAACUGUUUCUGACUCCUCAAAUUCUGCUUAUUUCUAGUUUUAGGAAAUGAUAUUUAAUCAUUCGUUUAUGUAUACAAUGACUUUGUCUGACUUCACUAACUUUUCUUUUUUUUUAUUAAUUUAUGUUUUUAUUUCCAAGUCAUCCAGUAACACAACUGCAGUCCAGGGAGAAAUCUCUCAAAAUCCACACCUUCACUUCUACCAGGUUAUUUAUGCUGCAACAGUGGUUGUCAUUGUUGUACUUUCCAUUGUGAAAUCCAUAAUCUACACUUAUUUCACCUUGAAGGCCUCCUGCAAAUUCCAUGACAUGCUGUUCAAAAAGAUUAUUGAUAGUCCAAUGAGUUUCUUUGACACAACUCCAACGGGCCGACUUCUAAAUACUGGUGACUGCCAGUGGUGCCACUUCUCUAAAGAUCAAGACGUGCUACAACAGCCUCAGCUGUGGCCUUCACAGACGGGGGCAGGACAACGAGGGAGAACCUCAUGCAGUUGAAGAUGCCAAUUGUGGUAAAAGCCUAGUAA